AUGAACGAUCAAAAUUGGAAAAAUUUGUCUAAUGAAUUAAGACGUAGAGCUCAACAAGCACGUCAAUCAAGUGGUGGAGGUGCACCAAAAAAUCCAUUAGCAAUCUUUGGAGGAAUUGGAGGAAUAUUAGUAUUAGGUGGAGUUGCCAUGUUUGCUCAAAAUGCAUUAUUUAAUGUUGAUGGUGGUCAAAGAGCUAUAGUAUAUUCAAGAAUUGGAGGUGUUCAACAAAAGAUUUAUCCAGAAGGUACACAUUUUGUUAUUCCAUGGUUUCAAAGACCAAUAAUAUUUGAUGUAAGAGCAAAACCAAAAGAAAUUGCUUCAUUAACUGGUACAAAAGAUUUACAAAUGGUUAAUAUAACGUGUAGAGUAUUAUAUAAACCAGAUAUAUGGGAAUUACCAACCAUAUAUAGAACUUUGGGAACAAAUUAUGAAGAAAAAGUAUUACCAUCAAUUGUAAAUGAAGUUUUAAAAUCAGUUGUUGCACAAUUUAAUGCAUCACAAUUAAUAACUCAAAGAGAAAAAGUUUCAAGAUUAGUUAAAGAAAAUUUAUUACGUAGAGCUUCAAAAUUUAAUAUUGCUUUAGAUGAUGUAUCAUUAACUUAUAUGACUUUUUCACCAGAAUUUAGUCAAGCAGUCGAAGCAAAACAAAUUGCUCAACAAGAUGCUCAAAGAGCUGCGUUUGUUGUAGAUAAAGCAAUACAAGAAAAACAACAAUUAGUUGUAAAAGCUCAAGGUGAAGCUAAAUCUGCUGAACUUAUUGGUGAAGCUAUUAAAAAAUCAAGAGAUUAUGUUGAAUUAAAAAGAUUAGAUACUGCAAGAGAAAUUGCUAGUAUAUUAUCUUCUUCACCAAAUAGAAUUAUAUUAGAUAAUGAUACUUUAUUAUUGAAUACUGUUGCUGAUAGUAGAAACAAUAAAAAGUAA